AUGGUCAUUGUUUCCUGACUGCAAAACAAACUGACUUUCAAAAGAAGAUCUGUUGCAACUUCUUGUCCAAGAAACUGUACCAUGAAGUUUCAUCUACUUUUCUUUAUUCUGCUUUUUUCAGUCACAAUACUAACAGCCAAAAGGAGUUAUCCUGAGUAUGGUAGCUUGGAUUUGAGGAAAGAAUGCAGAAUGAGUAAAGGACACUGUAAACUUCAGUGCUCUGAAAAUGAAAUUAGGAUUGCUUUCUGCAUAAGACCUGGAACACACUGCUGCAUCUAG